CUGGAGUUGCAGCGGCUGCCUCUUCCCGGCGGCAGGAUGGAGGCCGGGCCGGGCCUGCAGGAGGAGUACCGCCGGUGCCUGGAGAGGGACUUCCGCAGGGGCCACGUGGGGCCCUGCAGCGACGCCUCCCUGAAGGAGCUGCUGUGGCAUCACCUGCUGGAGGACCCGGAGCUGCACUGCCGCCUGGACGGGGAGGACACCCUGGGCACGCUGGCCACCGCCCUGCGGGGACACCUGGACGCCAAAGGGGCCCUGCGGGACCUGGCCAGGGCCUUCGAAGUGCUGGAGCUGGCGGCCGUCAACCUGUACUUCUUCCCCUGGCGCAAAGAGUUUGCCACCAUCAAGACCUUCUCCGGGGUCUACGUCCACGUCCUUCAGGGGGUCCUGCCAGAGGCCGACCUUGCCCGGAGUUUCCGCCGACUGGGCUACGUACAGCAAGACCGCCUCCACCUGGUGAAUUCUCGACUGCCGCCGAGCGCCAACCUGCUCUGUGCAGCCUGCUGCUUCUUUGCGGCCAGGGUGGAGUGCCAGAUCCUGGCGAAAAUUGUGGAGGAAUUGGAGCCGCGGGUGGUGCCGCCCGAUGAGCUGCUGAGGGCCCGGAAGGAGGCCAGGGGCAGCCUGGAGCGGUGCGUGGCCAAGCUGCAGAGCCUGACACGGUGGCCACGGAGCCGCGAGGUUCGCUCAGACCUGGCCGGCGGGCUCGAUCUCUACCGGGAGAGCACCGAGGGGCACGGCUUCUACAGGGAGCCUGCGGGCAGUCGGCUCUGGGGCCAGGAAACCUCCUCCCUCAGCGAGUGCGGCAGCCCCCGGCUCCUAAGGCGGAGCCCCCAGCCACUGGCAGAGUGCCGGAGCGAGCCCCCCUGGAGCCGGGAGUCUUCCUGUGGCAAUGGACUCCUGGGCUCAGACGCGCCCGACCUGGCCACCUCCUUCUCCUUCAUCUCCUUGAGGCGGGAGCUCAGCAGGACUUCUGAGACGGACUUUCCUGCUCAGCUGGGGAGUCCGUUCCUCUUCUCUGGUCUGGGGGGCUAUGAGAGUUCCGACCCCCCCUCGCAGGCGACGAGCAGCCCGGCCUCUCCUCUGUCCAGGCACCCCAGGAGCCUCCACCUCAGCCCGGCCAGCCUGCACAGCAGCACUCAGGGACUGAGCCCCGAGCCAGCCCACUACCAGAUGCACUCCUGCCUGCUCCCGGGGGCCCUGCCCGGCUCCUGCUGCAACACCUGCCGGCUGCUGCAUGUCAGCAGCUGCGAUGGGGCCCAAGUCUGCCGGAACCGCCACCACCUCGUGGAAGAGCUGCAGAGCGAGAAGCAGCAGCGCCUGUGGCUGCAACGAACAGAGGUGGACAGGCUGCUGCAGGAGGGGGGAGGGCCCUGGCAAUAGGACCGGGACGCCCUGCGAGGUCACCAAACCUGCUUUCCCCCUCUGGCCGGGGGGGGGGGCCGUGUCCAAAGCGGCCAAGCCCCCCCCCCCCCUUCUAACAGAACG